CCUACUCGACAUUUUGAAAAUGAAUUCCAGGGUUGGCUAGUUAUUUUGCGCCUGGAGACCAGGCCGGCGCCAAUGGAGUAGAUCCACUAGCGUUGCGGAAGCGGUGAGACAUUGCAGACGUGAAACGCAUGACAAAGAUGGCGACCGAUCAGACGACUGAUAAUGUAAAUGGGAAUAGUACAGAGGAACCAAUAGACAUAACUGAAGUGGACACAACUACAGCUGAAGUUAUCCAUUCAGACCAUUUCCAGACUUUAUUAGAUGCUGGUUUACCACAGAAAGUUGCAGAAAAACUAGAUGCAAUUUACAUAGCAGGCUUGGUAUCGCACAGUGACCUAGAUGAAAGGGCUAUUGAAGCAUUGAAAGAAUUUAACGAAGAAGGUGCUCUACGAGUCCUGCUUGAAUUUAAGGAAAGUGAUCUGUCGCACGUGCAAAACAAAAGUGCCUUCCUCUGUGGAGUAAUGAAGACGUAUAGACAGAGGGAGAAGCAAGGAACCAAAGUUUCAGAUUCCACGAAAGGACCAGAUGAGGUGAAAAUAAAAGCUCUGCUUGAUAGAACCAUCUAUACACUUGAUGUGACAACGGGUCAGCGGAAGUAUGGAGGCCCCCCCCCAGAGUCUGUGUAUUCAGGUGCUCAACCCACUAUUGGAACAGAGAUAUUUGUUGGGAAAAUUCCUCGAGACUUGUUUGAGGAUGAGCUGGUGCCCCUCUUUGAGAAGGCGGGACCUAUCUGGGAUCUACGUCUAAUGAUGGACCCCCUGAGUGGCUUGAACAGGGGCUACGCCUUUGUCACCUUCUGCACUAAAGAGGCUGCCUCGGAGGCUGUAAACCUGUGUAAUAAUCAUGAAAUACGCCCCGGCAAACACAUUGGAGUGUGUAUAUCUGUUGCCAAUAACCGGCUGUUCGUCGGCUCCAUCCCCAAGAGUAAAACGAAAGAACAGAUUGUGGAGGAGUUUGCUAAAGUCACAGAGGGUCUUAAUGAUGUCAUACUGUACCAUCAGCCAGAUGACAAAAAGAAGAACAGAGGUUUUUGCUUUUUGGAAUACGAGGACCAUAAAACUGCUGCUCAGGCCAGACGCAGGCUAAUGAGUGGCAAGGUGAAAGUGUGGGGGAACGUGGUUACUGUGGAAUGGGCAGACCCCAUCGAGAACCCAGAUCCAGAGGUUAUGGCCAAGGUGAAAGUUUUGUUUGUCCGAAACCUUGCGAACAGUGUUACGGAAGAAAUACUUGAAAAAUCCUUCGGCCAGUUUGGUAAACUGGAGCGAGUGAAAAAGCUGAAAGAUUACGCCUUCGUUCAUUUUGAUGAGAGGGACGCUGCAGUCGAGGCGUUGGCUCAAAUGAAUGGCAAAGUUCUGGAAGGAGAGCACAUUGACAUAGUUUUUGCAAAGCCCCCUGAUCAGAAGAGGAAGGAACGCAAAGCUCAGAGACAAGCAGCCAGAACAAACAUGUAUGAUGAUGAUUAUUACAACUACGGCCCCCCUCAGUUGCCCCCUCCCACAAGAGGCGGCCGGGGUAGGGGAGGUUAUUCUUACCCACCCGACUAUUAUGGCUACGAUGAUUAUGACGAUUAUUAUGGUUAUGAUUAUCCCAACUACCACGGGGGAUACGACUAUGACUAUGACUACGACUACUACGGCUAUGAUGACUUUCAGGCUCCCGCUAGAGGAAGAGGUGGCAGAGGUGCACGGGGGGCAUCCCCAGCCAGAGGUAGGCCAGGCGCUCCCAGGGGAAGAGGUGGCUUUUCCCCACGUGGUGGUCCAGGAUCAAGCAGAGGAGGUGUGCAACAGAGAGGCCGCGGCGGGCAGGGAAAAGUGGUCGAGGCCGGUCCUGACCUGUCACUAUGAAGACUGACCUGCUAUGUGGGGUUAUACUGGAAGCUGCCAAUUGAAGUGAUGGUAAGGUCAACUCAAUGGUCCAAUGAUAUUCCAACUUUACAGGAGCAUAUCUGCCAGAUUAGAAGAUAAUCAAAAGGGCAAACUCAAGACACUUGUUGCUUGGACUUUUUAGACCGUUGCUGCAAAUAGAGUUUUCACACCUCUGAAAACCUCUCAAAGCUAACGAUCCAGAUCAUAUUCUGCACAUGUUAUUUUAUGCACACUUUGUAGCUGCUGCUCACACUCCCCUCCCGUUUUUCUUUUUACUCACCCUCUUCUGGACCAUGCUGAUGUAGCCUAUGACUUUCUCAUAUUUCUGAACAGCUGAAAUAACCCCAAAGUGAUUUGAUCUAACGUUCCCCCAAAAUAUAUUAAGGCUAUUACAACCAUUGUCUGUUGUAACGGAUAUUGCAGUUGCACAAGCAGGAAGCAGUCCUUACACAUUCAUUCCAUUGGAGAAAAAACAGUCAGGUUUUUGUGUGAAGUAGGCUAAUGCUUUAUAGUCAUAUCGUAGCCACUAGCCAGAGUUCCUGGGGGGGGGGAAGAACACUACUACUUUGACUGCCUGUCUGCCUCCUGCUUAGCCAAUGCUUGUGAUGAGAAAAUAACAUUAAAUCGCUAAUUAGACUGCGUCUUUGUCUUGCUUGUGCUUUGGGGCAAAAGAUUAUCUGCGUUUCAACCACACCCAGACCCUACUACCUACUAUUUUGCUUUUCAAUGACAAUGCAAGUACCGCACGAGUAAGCGUCCUAGCUGUUCCAACUCUGGACAGGUGAGCAUGUAUUUUAACCCGUUAACCAGUGUCUGACAAUGGGCGAGUGUUUUGCAUCGCCCGGCGUGCUAUUAUUGCUUGUGUCGUUUUGUUCAACUACUGCUUAGACUGCCUACUAUGUCAUAAUCUUCAUAGUAUGCUGCCAUAUUGAUGAUUGCUGGAAAAAAUAACUAGCCAAUGUUUGCGAUGAGAAAAUAACAUUAAAUCACUAUUUUGACUGCCUGUGUGUCUUGCUCGUGUUUGAUAUUCUUGCCUAAGUAGCUGCAUGUUAACUCAGCUGCUAAAAAGAACAUGGACUCGCUAGACUGCUUAUGUUUGCAACAGACAACUGUUCCAACCGACACAGUU